AAGACCGAGCGUGUGUGCACAUGAAGUUAUAAAUAAUUACGAGAAAAUCGCUUUAUUUUUAUCGUCGAUUUUGCUCGCGUACAUCAAUCGUAUUUUCUCGCUGCUCGUCUCAUUAUAAUGUGCAGCGAAACUGAGUGAACUUUACAGAUACAACGGGUGCGGGGCUUUCCGGUGGCGCUGGUGUUGUAGCCGCCCUGUUGUUAGAGAACGGAGAGAAAGAGGUGCGGUGUUGCGUGACUGGGUGCGAGCGACCGUAGCGUGUGUGUUUGUUGUGUAGUAAGCGAAUUAAAAAUCCUUCAUAUCUUUUUUUUCGUAAGCGCGGAUACAUACGAAACGAAGAAAGUAAAAUUGAGAACGAAAGAAACGAGAGAAGAGAGAGAGGGAUUGAGCGAAAGGGAGAGCAAAAGUGUGAGAAAGAGAGAGCGAGAGAGAGGGAGAGAGAGAGAGAGAGAGAGAGCGCGAGAACGUGAAAAGUACACGCAUAGAGUGAAAGACGCAGAGAGAGCGAGAGAGUGAGAGAGAGAGAGAGAGAGAAAGAGAAAGAAAAAGAAAAAGAAAAAAAAUUGUCGCCUAAUCUGCUUUGCGAGUUCGAUUGUCCGUCCGUCUCCACGACUAAAAGAGAAAAAAGGAAUAAGAGAGACAAACAUGUCGUCAUACAUCCAGGUCGCCGAAGAUGAAGGCGAGGAGCCUAUCGAGCUGCCCACUGAAGAUGACACCACACUCUUACUCACUACUCUGUCUGCCCAAUUUCCCGGUACCUGCGGCCUCAAAUAUCGGAACCCGGAGUCUCGUACAAUGCGCGGAGUUCGGUUGGUUGAUGGACGCCUACACCCGCCUGAGAAUGGCUGGGGCAAAGCCAUAUACUUCUGUGUAUUCCCCAAAGAGAACAAACGUAAAUCUGAUGACAAUUUGGAAAAUUCCACAGCUAAGACUAAAAGAAUGGAAACGAAGUUGCGUUGCACUGACUUGAUUGUACUCGGUUUGCCAUGGAAAACUACGGAACAGAACUUGCGCGAGUAUUUCGAACAAUUUGGUGAAGUUUUAAUGGCUCAGGUAAAGAAAGAUGCAAAAUCCGGACAAAGCAAAGGAUUUGGCUUUAUUAGAUUUGGAAGUUAUGAAUCGCAAUUAAGAUGCCUGGCCCAACGUCAUAUGAUAGAUGGUAGAUGGUGCGACGUUAAGGUUCCCAACAGUAAGAAUAUUGAUGGCUUAAUGAUGGCACGUCAGUAUGAUACGGGUAAGCACAAUGAGUGCUACCGACCUAUACCGGUGCACACUCCAAGUAGUCGUCGGGUGCCGGCGUCGAAGCCGUAUACCAACGUAAACUCGUCGUCCGAGGCCAAUGCACCUUCUAGCGCGCCUAGAUACGACUCGGAGUACGAUUACAAAACCACACACUACCCGUCAUAUCCUCCGAAUUAUCCGUACGAUGAUAAUAAGUACAAGUACGAAGGUGGUGGUGGCGGUGGUGGUGGUGGUGGUGGUGGUGGUGGCGGUAGCAGCGGCGGCGGCGGCGGCGGUAGUGGUAGUGGCGGCGGCGGCGGCGGCAACAGCAAUCAGACUGCAUAUGUCUACGAGAAGCCGAACUACACUGCCUACGAGGAGCCUGCCGCUGCAUCGUACGAUGCACGCGGUUACAUGGCACCACACACGGCCGCCGUGACGCCUAAUUCCGCACCGUAUCCUCCGUCCGACGCCGAUUAUCCAAGAUACGCCGGCUAUGAUACACGCGCCGCUGCUUAUCCUGUCGCCGAAAAUCCGGAACAAUAUUCUGACAAGGGCAGGUAUAAUUAUGGAUACGAACAACGAGGCUACUACGAAACUGACGGUCGUUAUGCGAGCACGGCGGAUUGUCGGUACACCAUGGAGGUGCGUUAUCCAGACGCGAGACAUCCUGACAACAGACACAUCCCGAUCGAUGCGCGAACGGAAGCGGACUGUAGAUACGUGGACAGCCGCGAUAUGGAUAGACGAUACGUUGAUGUCAGAGAAGCUGAUGGCGGUAGGUACGCCGUAAUGGAGAGUCGCGAGGUCGACAACCGUGGUUACGCCGCCGGACCGGAUGGCCGGGAGGUGGUCGACGGCAGAUUCGCGGAUCCGACGCGAUAUCCAGUUAAAGAAAACUAUUACGAUCGCUACUACAAACACCGGCCAUCGAGGGAUCAUCACGUCCACGCGGACGCGUCAAGAUAUUGAUGAGGAGGGAAUGAUUCAGCAAGUACCCUGCAAGGUAUUCGUCGGCCGCUGUACAGAAGACCUAACCGCUGAUGAUCUGCGAGACUAUUUCUCCAAAUUCGGCGAAGUCACGGACGUGUUCAUCCCGAAACCUUUCCGUGCAUUUUCGUUUGUCACUUUCCUAGAUCCCGAAGUCGCC